AUGGGAUUCAGGCCUAGGAAAUACCGACCGAAAUCUAGCAAAGUGAUGAUAGAUGAAAGCGAACGUUAUAGUGUCUACGCCAGCGAGUGUAUGCUCUUACCUGGCUACAUGGAGCAAUCAAUCACACUCGAUAUGGGUACUCAUGGAGAGCGUAGGAGAUUUUUGAGAUACUCGAUCGAAUUUGAAGUAGAACCGGAGCCAGGCCAGAGAGACAGUAAACAUGGAUAUAUUUACGGUGGUUACUCACAAUCACAUCGACUGGGCAAAACAAAAGAAGGAGAGGUGAGAUCUUUCUUGAAGACACUUAAGGCACUACACAAAAAAACUAGGGAAAGGAUAGAACUUAAUGAUCAUCGCUUCAAAAAGCUUGAAUAUGUUAGUGCUGUCCUUAAAGCAGCACUUGAGAAGGGAAGUUUGCUAGUUCAUCAACGUAAAUUGGAACUUCUCGAGCAUGGCCGCGACACCCGGCAGGCUCGGUUCAUAAGACCCGGAGCCAGAAAAACUAAGCAAGAGAAAACGAGACGUGAGAAGGAGUACGAAAGACGAGAAGUUAGAAGAGACGAGACUUUAGGUCGAAUUAACAAUUCUAGAGUUGCUGAGAAAUUAGGGGUGCAGCUACGAAAUAACGAGAAGAGGAGUCGAAAGCGGCACGACCGGAUGAGAUACCCUUCACAAAGUGAUGCUGAGUCCACGGGGUCGUGGGAAACUGCUUCAAGCGUUGACUCUUAUUCCGAACCUUCUCAUGGAAGGCGGCGUCGCAGUUCAUCUCGUCACUACGAUGGCUAUACUAGCGGAUAUCACGAAGACGACUCUUCAGAUGACGAAUCUGAUACCAGAUCGCACGCAUCUACAGUGUUUUCAAAAUCACGCCGCCCCUCAAGCUAUGGUUCUAGAAGCUCUAUCUCUUCCGGAUCUAGUCGGUCAAACUCAGAUUACAUGUCAAGACAUAGAAGUGGUCGUCACAACAAUUACCAGACCAACGAUCAGCUUCGGAAGCCACCGAGUCAUCCACCCAAUUUUAAACACGGUUAUGGGACUAUACCGACGGAGGAUCUGCCUUAUCCAGACGAACCGUACCCGGGAAGAGCUCAGCCAUAUCAUCCGUAUGAUGAUAGAGCGGAUUAUCAUUAUGAUUAUAGUGCGGAUAAUCCGUAUGAUGAUAGAGCUGAUAAUCCGUCGACCGAUCUCUUUGACAGAUACAAAGCCGCGGCCGAUAAAAGGGCUGGCCAAGAGGCCCGCUCACAUAACCUUAUAACCUUCACAUGCGCGCUUGCAGUGUGUAUAGAAUCUGUAUACUCAGCCUCUGGGCCACGCAUUGGAACUCACAAUCUACCCAGUCGAGUACCACAUAACACUUAUUAA